GUGUCAGCAAGCCUUCAGAUCAUCUGUCCAUUUUUCACAGAGCUGCAGACGGCCCGUUGCCUCUUCCACAUAGCGAAUCAAAAGUCCUCGUUGUCGAUUUGACGCCGUAGUAAGAUUCCUGAUCAUUUUGCCUUGCGAAUGAGCCCUUCCACCUGUCGCUCCAGAACACUACGCAACCGUGGUAGCUAGCCAGGCUGUUCUUUGAGUCCUUGAGAUACUGAGAUAAUUGGGGAACGUAACUAUGAUGAUCCUAUGCAAAGUGCGGGAGGGCAAGGGGGCCACAAUUUAGUUGCAGAAGCAGCACGUAGGGUGAAAUCCUUCUUGGUGAGCUUCCAUGAUUAUAUCGUUAGUAUUGCAAUAGAGCGAGCUGCUUUGUACCUUGGGGCCAUUUUUUGUCAUUCAUCGAGAUGCAAUUCAUGCUAUCCUCGAAAGUCCGCGUAUCAUCAUCGUGGCGCCAGGGAAGGAUGGCAAGUUGGUUUGGUUCUCAUGCGGGCAUGUCUUUUGAGAAAGGCUUACAUGUGGCAUCGAUGUGACAGGUCAGACAGCCAGUCUAGGGAGAAAGAGUUAAAAAGCCAACCAUGGUGUUGGGUUGCUACGAUUGACUUGAUUGUCAGGAAUAUCUGUCUUUCCAAGCAUCAAGUCGGCUCUCGUCCGUCCCGGUACUGGACGUUCUGCAUCGGAAGACAAUUGGAGUCGCCGUUCAUCAUCAACAUCCCGGGUUCAAUCUCGCCGGUCCCGAGGCCACCUCACAUGCGACCACCAAGAUCCUUGGGGAUUGUUCAUUCUGGAGAGGCGGGCCGGUUAGUCUGCAUUAGUGGGCGUCCCAAUGGUCAACUCCAGGGGCAGAAGGGCUCCACGGGUCAAUAGCCGACAGGAUGUAUUGCAGAUAAGUAUAAACUGGGUUCGAACGUCGAGUGAGUGUGGACUUUCAAUU